AUGCCCGGCUUCCACGUCUACCCGCAUGCCUCCCGCCUCUCGGAGGAGUGCUCGCCCGAGGUGAGCGUGGUGGUGCCUUCCACGCCCGCGCCCACGUCCAUCGACCUCAACGCCACACCGGUGGCCGGUGGCUCGUCAUCCGGAGGCACGAGGAAACACGUGCGGCAGAUGCCAGCUGACGUGCUGUUGGGCAUACGCAACUUGUUCGACGGAAUGCCGGCCGCCGGCGACGAGGACUAUAUACAGAACUUGAUCUUGGAGGCUGGUGUGCCGGCCGCUGGCUACAAUCCCGACGAGACACAAAGCGAGGACAGCCGAGGGGCAUUCACGCCGUCCACCUUUGAUCAAGAUCAGGCGACCUUCAUGCGUGAUCAGGUCGGCAUGGACCCAGACGGCUUCCCACUCGACCACGAGUUUCCAGAGGACUACGGGCAAGAGGAAGAGGACGAAUGCGACAUCGAAGGGGAGCCUUUGUUUGAGGACGAGCUCGUCAAUCAAGCCGCCUGGGAGAAGCCGAAGCGUAAGAGCAAGCGGACCAAGGCAUACACGACGGCCGAGGACAAACUUCUUUGCGAGUGUUGGAGAGACAUUGGGCAAGACCCCAAGACGGGCGCCGAACAAAGGCAUUCAACUUUUUGGAUUCGUGUCCAUCGUGAGUUCCAUUUGCGCAAGAAGUUUCCGCCGUACCAAAUAGUAAGCACGCGCGGGUGGGUGUCCAUUUUGAUGUGA